AAGCUCUCACAACGUGGAUGUUUAAAAGAACAUCAUUUGCUUCAUUAGAGAGUGUGCGGCCUUAUCCAUCAUUCUCCUCUCACAGCAAACCCAAAAUGGCUUCUUCCAUCGGAACUUCUUCCAUAAACAAAACCCAACUUCUCAAUACACCAACUUCAUUUUCACUCUACAACACCACUUCUCGUCUAAACACCCUUCUCCGUCUCCGUCCUAACCACAAAACCCCAACUGUUUCCUUCGUUAUUUCUGCUAUUGCCACCCCCAACGCUCCUAUCCUCACCCCUCAAGAAUCCUUCAAGGGUUUUGCUUUCGAUGACGCUAACGAUGUUCCUGUUGCCGUCAGCAAAAACGAACUUGAUAUUUCCAAGCUUGGUUUUCCUUCUCAGCUUGUUGACUCGCUUCAGAGACGUGGAAUUACUAGUCUUUUCCCCAUUCAGAGAGCUGUGUUGCUGCCUGCAUUAGAAGGCAGAGAUAUCAUUGCCCGUGCAAAGACCGGGACUGGAAAGACAUUAGCAUUUGGAAUUCCAAUUAUCAAGGGUCUCACUGAGAAUGAACAAAGCAAUAUGAUGAGGCGGUCUGGUCGGCUUCCUAAAGUACUGGUCCUUGCACCCACCAGGGAGUUAGCAAAGCAAGUAGAGAAGGAGAUAAAAGAAUCUGCACCUUAUUUAAACACAGUUUGUGUUUAUGGUGGUGUUUCUUAUGAUAUUCAGAGGAAUGCACUUUCACGCGGUGUUGAUGUUGUGGUUGGAACACCUGGGAGACUAAUUGACCUCAUAAAUGGGGGAACCCUUAAACUUGCUGAAAUUCAGUAUUUGGUACUUGAUGAAGCUGAUCAGAUGCUUGCUGUUGGGUUUGAGGAGAGCGUCGAAGAAAUUUUGGAAUCAAUCCCAUCUCAGCGCCAGAUUAUGCUUUUCUCUGCAACCAUGCCGGGUUGGGUCAAGAAGUUGUCAAGAAAACAUUUGAACAAUCCUUUGACUAUUGAUUUGGUCGGUGACAGAGAAGAAAAGCUUGCUGAAGGGAUCAAACUUUAUGCUGUAUCAGCCACUUCAACAUCAAAGCGGAGAAUUCUUUAUGGUCUUAUAAGUGCCUAUGCAAAUGGUGGGAAGACCAUUGUUUUCACACGGACAAAAAGGGAUGCGGAUGAAAUAUCAUUGUCACUAACAAAUAGCAUAGCUUCUAAACCACUACAUGGUGAUAUCUCUCAGUAUCAGAGAGAGAAAACAUUGAAUGGUUUUCGGCAAGGAAGAUUCACAGUCCUUGUUGCUACCGACGUUGCUUCUCGUGGACUAGAUAUUCCCAAUGUUGAUUUGAUUAUACAUUAUGAACUUCCCGAUGGUCCCGAGACUUUUGUACAUCGCUCUGGUCGUACUGGACGUGCAGGAAAAGAGGGUACAGCUGUUGUAAUGUACACCACUUCCCAGAAAAGAACUGUUAUAUCCUUUGAGCGCGAAGUAGGCUGCACGUUUGAAUUUAUUAGUCCACCACCUAUGCAAGAUUUACCCGAAUCAUCUACCAGGCAAGUUGUUCCUACGUUUGAUAGAGAUAGAAGUAAUUAUAGAGGAUCUAGGGAUCAAAGUGGUUUUAGAACCGGUGGGGAUGACUGGCGAACCGGAGGUGGACGAUCAAGUGGGUAUUCAUCAUCAAACAGAUCUUCGUCUUCAGGUUCUAGGGAUCAGAGAGGUUUUAAAACCGGUGGGGAUGACUGGCUAACUGGAGGUGGACGAUCAAGUGGGUAUUCAUCAUCAAACAGAUCUUCGUCGUCGUCAGGUUCUAGGGAGAGAGGUUUUAAAACCGGUGAUGAUGACUGGUUAAUUGGAGGUAGACGAUCAAGCGGGUAUUCAUCAUCAAACAGAUCUUCAUCACCAAACAGGAGAGGUAGUUAUGGAGGGGCCUGUUUUAGUUGUGGACAACCUGGGCAUCGGGCGUCAGAUUGUCCCAAUUAACGGGACUUCUCUUAGUUGGAACACAUUCAAUUUUGGCGUCGCCUUGUUCAAGAAUUCAGCUGCAUCUAGUGAUGGCCUAAGUGGUUCAAGAAAUUGAAAGGUGCUUCCCGAAAGAACUACAAAUCAAAGCUACUUUACAACAUCUUUCCUAUUUAGUAAUCUCCAUAGAGGUUCCCGCAUUUGAUAUCAGACUUUUUUUUUUCUUUCUGUCUCCGUGAUGUGAAACUGAUUUAGCGUUUGUGUUGGGGCAAUGAUAUUCGGCAAGAGAACGAUAAUUUUAUGCUGCUGAUUUGUCUGCUCAGCCAUCUUUCAGAAAAAGACAAGAAUAGCUUUUGUAGAAAGAAUACGUUACCAAUCACUCUAUAGGAAUAUUAGCUAUCAUAUAAGUUAUGUCCUGUAUAAUUUUCUUUCAAACAAGCUUGUCUGUAGUACAAAAAUGAACUCUAAAUUGUUGUUUUUGGUCGUCGUAAUACCUGCUCACGAUGCACAUGGACCAUGUGUUUGUUUCAAAGUAUGCAAUAUAUUUAUCAGAAAGUGAGUUUGUGAA